UGCAGGGCGCGUCCCAGAGUUCUUUGCUCCGCGCAUGCGCGCUGUCCUUUUCUCGUCCAGUAGCGGAUCGACUAGCAUCAUCUAAUCUCAUCAUGCAGCUGUUCCUGCGCGCACAGACUCUGCACACGCUCCAUGUGUCCGGUGAAGAGAGUGUCCGUGACGUGAAGGCUCGUGUCCAGGCUCUGGAGGGCGUGUCUGUGGACGAGCAGGUUCUUCUUCUGGCUGGAGCUCCUCUGGAGGACGAUGUGUCUCUUCUGGACUGUGGUGUGUCCGAGCUCUGCACUCUCGAGCUGACCGUCAGACUCCUGGGAGGUAAAGUCCACGGAUCUCUGGCUCGUGCCGGUAAAGUAAGAGGACAGACUCCCAAAGUGGACAAACAGGAGAAGAAGAAGAAGAAGACGGGCCGAGCCAAGCGUCGCAUCCAGUACAACCGCCGCUUCGUCAACGUGGUGCCCACCUUCGGCAAGAAGAAGGGUCCCAACGCUAACUCCUAAACCCUGACGAGAACCAGAGAGUUUCACAGCUCCACGCGCUUUCUUUCAGUUUGAGGAAAUAAAAAAUGUAAUAAAUCCA